AAGCGUUUUCGCGCUACCUGUUAUGAAAUCUUCGACGGAUGAUACAAAAACACGUGUUCUUUUACAUUUAAACCGUGUAAGUUUCGCGUUAUUCGAGUCGAUUCAAGGAACGCAAGAGUAGGUAGGUAAAACAGUGCGGAACGGGCGUGAAAGAGGCGGCAUUUUCCGUAAGAAAACCGGUGUAACAGAAGCAUUUACGCGGAUGAUUGAAGGGGAAAGUGGUGAAGCAGCAGAGCGGCCAUUUUAUGUUAGUAUGACGUAGAGGCUGGGUGUAGCUUCGCGUUCAACCGUCCGUGUACUCUUGGAAAAGGCGAGAAAAUCUGAAUUCUGAUGCUGGGGUCCAGGUAAAUGCACGCACCACGCGCUGAACGUGUGAACCGUAAGAUUAAGCCUGACGAACGCGAGGAUACUAGUUAAAUACGGAAGUACACACAGGGGGUAGCCGAGAAGAGCGAGCAUGAGCGAAGAAAGCAAUCCCCGAACGCUUUAUGUGGGUAAUCUAGACACUACGGUGUCGGAGGAUCUUUUGUGCGCACUUUUUUCGCAAAUAGGUGCCGUGAAAGGAUGCAAGAUCAUAAGGGAACCGGGGAACGAUCCGUAUGCGUUUGUCGAAUUCACGAAUCAUCAGUGCGCGGCCACGGCGCUAGCCGCCAUGAACAAGCGAUCUUUCCUGAAUAAGGAAAUGAAGGUUAACUGGGCAACGAGCCCUGGAAAUCAGCCGAAGUUGGACACCAGCAAUCAUCAUCACAUAUUCGUCGGCGAUCUGUCACCGGAGAUCGAGACGCAAACCUUGAAGGAGGCGUUCGCGCCGUUCGGCGAAAUUAGCAACUGUAGAAUUGUACGUGAUCCGCAAACUAUGAAGAGCAAAGGGUACGCUUUUGUAUCUUUCGUGAAGAAAUCCGAGGCUGAGGCAGCGAUAGCAGCAAUGAACGGUCAGUGGCUUGGGUCUAGAAGCAUCAGGACAAAUUGGUCGACCAGAAAACCACCACCCCCAAGGUCCGAAAGGCCACGACAUUCAAACAAUAGUAAACCUAACUACGAAGAGGUAUAUAACCAAAGUAGUCCAACCAAUUGCACAGUAUAUUGUGGAGGUUUCACGAAUGGUAUUACGGAUGACUUAAUAACCAAAACAUUUUCCCCGUUCGGCACCAUCCAAGACAUAAGAGUAUUCAAAGAUAAAGGAUAUGCGUUUAUUAAAUUUACUACUAAGGAAGCGGCGACACAUGCCAUAGAAUCUACACAUAAUACGGAAAUUAACGGUAGCAUUGUUAAAUGUUUUUGGGGAAAGGAAAACGGAGAUCCUAAUAGCGUGGGUCCUAAUGCGAAUCACCAAGCUCAACAGGUUACAGCUGGAGCUGGUCAGUAUGCAUAUGGAUAUGGUCAACAAAUGGGUUACUGGUAUCCACAAGGAUAUCCGCAAAUGCAGGGUCAGUUUUUACAGCCUGCACAAUACUAUAGCCAAUACUACGGACAACAGGCUCAAUAUAUGAAUAGCAUGCGAAUGCCUGCUCCUGGUGCAGGCACAUGGCAAUCUGCACAAGCAACUGCCGCACCACCGACCGCGACUGCACCAUUGCCACCAGGUCAGCAACCUGCCAUGGUAGCAUACACCAUGCCGCAAUAUCCUACGCAAUGAAAUUGAUCAAUAAUCGGCAUCAACUAAUUGUUACAUAUGAUACAUUUGCCCCUGGGGCUUUUGCAAAAACUGUUCUGUCAUAUACCUAUUCUAACAGAUUUAUUGGUAUUUUGACUGCAGCAUCAUAUGUGCAAAUAUCCACUUUCUACUUCGGUCGAAGUAACACACUGUAAAGAAUGCUCCUAAAUUUGGUUGUCCCAAUAUUGACUGAUAUUGAAAUGCUCUUACUGCAAAAGAACUGUUCCAUCAAAAAGUUCAAAGUGAUAUGUAUUUACAUAUAUAUAUAUAUACACACAUAAACAGACACAGAGACAGACACAGGCAUAUUUCCUUUAUACGUUUCCCUUGCCAAACAAUAGAAACGUAUACCGUUUUAACGAAUGCAAGCGUAUCAGCUUGCAAUGCUCAUUGAAAAAUUAAACAAGUGAAACCACGGAAUUCAAAAGAAUUUAUCAUUGCAGUCAAUCUGUCAGCGUGAUUGAAUAAUCUUAUCAAAAAAGCGUUUGUAUUCAUGGUGUUGAAUGAGGUAUAUUUCUGAACUUAAGGUUGCAGCCCCUUGACGAGCCCUGCAUUCGUUGUGCUGCGUAAGGUGUACGUAUGUAUGCGACCAUUGUGUUGUUAUAUUUUUAAUAUUUUUGCCACAAUUACCAAUCUUUAGUUUAUUUCAAAUCAUUAAUGAGCAAAGAUGAAUGUUCAUUUAUGGUAAACAGGAAGUAUGACAUUGAACAUAGUAUAAGAUAGAGAGUAUAGGUAGACACGGCGCCUGUGAUGUAGCUAGACUUGGAUGCAUGCUUUAACGUAUGCAGGGCCCUUAUUAAAAUACACUAUGCGAGUCGGUAAACGAGUUGUAAACUUUCCUCGUUAUGUGAUAUUUAUCGUCGGUGGUAAAUGUACAAAACUUUCUUACAAACGGUUUAGAAGAAGAAAACGAAAAAAAGAGUAUUCCAGAAAGUGUGUCAAAAAAACGAAAUAUUUUUAUGUCGAACUUGACUUGCGUACAUUGCAUUGUAUACACUUUAGUGACUCCUCUCCAUUUGUACAGAAAAGCGGUAAACCUUGGUGUAAUUAUUACAACGUAAUUUAAGUGUAACGGUAAUGAUAAAAACUUCCACUAAGGAAUGGAGUCACUAUCGUCCUGUCUUUGUUAAAAUUGUGCACUGGAAGUCGGCAUUAUGUUUCCUUUGGUAGACAUAGUGUAUCGAGAAUCUUUUGUCUCAUAAACAAUCAGUGUAUCAAUUGACAAUCACCUUUGAUAUUAUCUGAUACUUUUGACAUCGUUGUAAUUAUUGCAUGGCACGAUAUUUAUAUCUUCGUGUCUUCCAAUUAAUGCAGUAGAUAUAUAUUUGUUGCACACUUUACACACACACGCACACACACGCAUACAUACACACAAACACA